GUAUCGCACUACAGCACAACAAAAGAGGAAAGAUUAUUUCCCGUGGAAAGCAUAACACAAGUCGACACAACACACACGAAAUUCAACUUUUACUUGAUCUUACUGCCAUGGCAUGCUGGAUUUAUAUUGGAUGAGAUGGUUGAGAUGAUGGAACUUUUAGGAGGAUUGGUAUGGGCUGUGUCAUUGUAUCUGGAAAGGCUGCUGUAACUUUUUUUCUGACACCUAUUGUUUGAUUGAGAACAUUUGAUCGCUCAAGAUCCUUCGAAACUAUGGCUUUUUUACUUUCGUAACCUGUCUUAAACUCGACAAGCUACUCCAACAUCCUCUGGUGCUUGGCUAGCCAAAGGCACGCAACACUAUCAAGUUUUAUUCUACUCUGUUACCUCGUGGCUCAAGGUUUUCCAUCGUCUAACCGCAAGAGGUUUGAAACCCAACAAUGGGUAGCACAUCAUCCAAGUUCCGUAAAGCCCUACAAAGAGGAGAGGAAAUCGAGGCUAUGCAAUUAUACCUCAAGUAUCCCGAAAUUAAGAGAAACUUGGAUCCCCAUCUUAGCUAUGGCGAAAACCUUAAGCACAAUACGAUAUUCCAUUACGCAUGUUUCUACGGGAUGAAGCCUUUCAUACGUGAUUUCCUUUCUGAGGGAGCGAAUCCGAACAAGAGAAACUCUUUGAGCCAGACGGGUGGUCAUUUACUUUGUAUGGUAGCCAGAGGUGAAGAUCCGGCCGUGGACAAGCACCGGAAGGAGUGUAUGGCGCUUCUACUGUGCUCUGGGGACUGUAGCGCUUCUUUAGAUGUGCACAUUAAAGACCAAAGAGGCAAUACUGUUCUUCACUAUGCUGCAGCAUCUGGUUUACUUCAGUGUAUUCAGCUAUUGGUAUCUCAUGGGGCUCCUCUGUAUGAAGAAAACAAUGAGCACCAGACUGCUUGUGACUGUGCCAUGCAGGGCAACUUUGCAGAGAUUGCAGCAUUUCUGGAGUCAAAAAUGGUUUUCUCGGACAGUAUAACAUGCUCGGAGUUGGACAAUGAUCUGGCUCAUAUUCCACUAGAGGAGCUACAGCCUCACAGCGGACUAUGUGCCCAAGAUCUCCAAGAAGCUAAAGAUCAGUUGCUUGUGGAGACUGCUGACAUGCUUAUGGUUCCUUUGUUUACUGCAGAGGCUCUGUUAAGAGACCAUGAGUGGUCCCGUGAACACCUUGUAGAGGCCUGGAUGACUGAUGCCAAGGCCGCAUGCGAGAAAGCUGGUGUCAGACUGCCUGAAGGUUACUCGGAAACUGAGCGAAAUAAACAGAAAACAAGAAAGCUUGAGGAGCCUUGUAUGAUUUGCUCAGAUGAUCUGACAGGUGCUGAUGUUCUGCCAGUAGCAUUGCCCUGCGGUCACGAGGCUUGCUGCCUUUGUUGGGAACGGUAUCUUAAUGUUAAAAUCCGAGACGGCGAGGCCCAUAACAUUCUCUGUCCUGCCUAUAAUUGCAACACACUUGUACCAUUGGAAACCAUCGAGAAGCUUGUUUCCAAGGAGAUGGCUACACGCUAUUUGCAGUUUGAUAUAAAGGCAUUUGUCGAGUCAAACCCGAACCUCAAGUGGUGUCCCGCCUCGCAAUGCGGGCGUGCGGUCCGUCUUCCAUCUGAGGCGCAACGCAACCUGACACCACCCCCAAGGGGGCGGGGCAAGACCGAGACGCCGUGUGUGGUAGUCGACUGUGGUGGGGGACAUCGAUUCUGCUGGGAAUGCCUCCAAGAAGCUCACGAACCUUGCAGCUGUGAGUUAUGGACAUGUUGGCUUAAGAGGAUCGCAGAGAUGCUCGCGAAAAUACCGACCAGCGAAUCCGAAAACCUCGAAGAAUGUCCAGAGACAAACCAAGUGGCCAACACGCUCUGGCUGGUCACCAACUCUAAGCCGUGUCCGAACUGCAAAUCGCCCAUCCAAAAGACAGAGGGAUGUAACCACAUGAAGUGCACUAAGUGCAAACAUGAGUUCUGUUGGGUGUGCUUGGAGCUUUGGAAGAAACAUAGCUCAGCGACAGGAGGAUAUUUCAGGUGUAACCGGUAUGAAGUGGUACGUAAACUGGACAUCGAGGCUGUCAGCGCUAUUAAAGAGGCUAACGCAGAAAAUCUUCGUAUUCAAGAGUUAAACUACUUUUUGCAUUACUACUCAAGAUUUAAGAACCACGAGAACAGCUACAAGAUCGAGGAACCGCUGCUUGGUGCUGCAAAGGAGAAAAUGAAGGCACUGGCUGAGUCCGCAGUAGAAACAGGUGCUUUCGAGCCUGUUACGUCACUUGAGGAAGUCGACACGAAGUUCGUCGAGGAUGCUGUUCGUGAGCUGCUCAAAUCCCGCCUCGUACUCAAGGCCUCCUACGCUUAUGGGCACUUCCUCACUGGCAACAGGGAAAAGAAGACGAUAUUCGAACUGAUCCAGACGGAAGUAGAAGAAGCCAUAGAGAGCCUCUCGCAAAUGGUAGCACGCCCAUACCUACGUACUCCACGCUCCCAUAUCAUUCAGGCCACGUCAUUGCUAGCCAACAAACGGCGCACUUUCCUGCUGGCCCUAACCCGCGGGCUCAUCCCAGAGGAGGAGCCACCUGCAAUGGAACGACUCGUAUCGAGACUGACGUUCCUCCCAAUGCCUUCGGGUUCAGGAGACGAAGAGUCAGAUGAGGAGGAGAGUAACUAUAAUGAAGUCCGCAAGGCAAUCGAGACGUCGAUCCGACAACAACUCGGCUACUCUGCAGAGUCGUCUUCUGACAGUACUCCCCCUGGGGCGGGUAUUGACAGUCAGUGCGCGCGUGCUGGUUGUAGCAACCGUCGGGCGAGCAGUCGGUACACAGGGCAGAUGUCAAACUACUGCUGCUAUGACUGCUUACGUGUCGACAUGAGGAACAGAAGGAGACGCAAGAAGAACAAAGUAAAACAAUCAAAGAAGGUAGAGCGAGCGUUUUCCGAAGAUGCCUACAUGGACGUGGAUAUGUUACGAGCCAUUCAGCUGUCUCUCGAUCAGCAAUCGGAAAGUACUAGGUGUGAUAACCGACCUACAGAUCGACCCCACUCGGCAAGCAGCUCUAGUUCUAGCUCAGCCUCAGAUGGAGACAAUACGCAAAACACAUCGCUUCAAAGGGCACUUGAGCUUUCAUAUGGAGACUUGAUUCAAGAAACCCCAGAUGAAGAUUUAAAACGAGCUAUCGCACUUUCCCUACAAGACAGUGGUCUCCCUUCAGAUUCACUCGCAAAAACAAGUACACUUGCGCGCACCGAUGAAUCGGCCGCGUCUCAUAAAGGGGACUGGGACUCGACUUCGUAGGAUUGAACCUUUUGAUAAGGAUAUUUUAAUAGCAAGUAGAAAUAUUUAUUCGGUUGUACAAAAACCCGGAAUUGAAUUAUGGAGCAAAAACUAUGUGUUGUCUAUUUUGUUAAAAUUGCUGCCAAUUUGUAUUAGUUUUUUUAAACAAUUUUUAUCAUUUUCACGUUUUUCAAGAAAUAAGGGCGUCGCGGUAAAUUAUACUUCCGGUUCUGCUUACCCGCGAAAGCCUGGGACUUCGAAGAUGCAGUUCCACUGACAAAUUGGGUGACAAAAGCUUAACCAAUUGAUUAUUAUUUUGCAUUGAAUACCAAUUUUAUUACAAGUUGGUCAAGUUUCUGAUUACAUCACUGGCUAGCUGCUUUUUUACAAAAUGAUAAUCUAUCAAAACAUGCAAUGUAAAUAAAAUAGAGAAAUUUGAUUAGAUAAAUAAAGUUGUGUAUACCUAA